AUGGCGCCUUCUUCCUCAAGCGGCCUCACCUUCAAGCUCCACCCCUUAGUGAUCCUUAACAUCUCCGAUCACUUCACUAGAGUCAAAACUCAGCUCAACCCUCCAUCCUCUUCCUGCUCCACCAGAAACAUCCCCACCUCCAUCCACGCGGCGUCUCCGCAGAACGUUAGGGUUUACGGCUGCGUGAUCGGUGCUCAAAGAGGCCGAACGGUUGAGAUCUUCAAUAGCUUCGAGCUUGUGUUCGAUCCAAAUACUGAUUCUAUCGAUAGAUCGUUUCUUGAGAAGAAGCAAGAGCUCUAUCAGAAGGUGUUCCCUGGAUUCUAUGUAUUGGGAUGGUACUCUACGGGAAGCGAUGCUGUUGAAUAUGAUAUGCUUAUCCACAAAGCUCUGAUGGACAUUAAUGAAUCUCCGGUUUACGUUCUUCUCAAUCCGGCUAUCAAUCACUCACAGAAGGAUCUCCCUGUGACUAUCUAUGAAAGUGAGUUCCAUGUCAUUGAUGGAAUCCCGCAGCCAAUUUUCGUGAAUGCAAGCUACACUAUUGAGACAGUGGAAGCCGAAAGAAUAUCGGUUGAUCAUGUUGCACACCUUAAGCCAUCUGAUGGAGGCUCUGCAGCGACCCAAUUGGCUGCUCAUCUUACUGGCAUACACAGUGCCAUCAAGAUGCUCAAUAGCAGAAUCAGAGUGCUUUUUCAAUAUCUUGUCGCUAUGCAGAAAGGUGAUAUUCCCUGCGACAACUCACUUAUGAGGCAAGCAGCUAGUCUGCUCAGAAGUUUGCCUGCUGCACAUUCAGAAAAGUUUAAUGAUAAUUUCUUGAUGGAGUACAACGACAAGUUGCUGAUGUCUUACCUAGCAAUGAUCACAAACUGUACCAGCAACAUGAACGAGGUGGUUGACAAGUUCAGGACUGCAUACAAGAAGAACAGUCGAACAGGGCCAACUGGCAGUAGGUUUCCAUUCAUCUAA